CUCUCACAUUGCUCCUUCAGUGAGAGGCGGACCUGGAUUUUUACGUCACACUCCGCUGCCCGAAAUGGAUCGUCUUCUUUUUUUUUUUCUUAGACACCACCACCUGCGAAAAGAGCAUAUAUUUAAGUUGGCGAAAUGGAUCCAUCACCACCACCACAACAGCAGCAGCAGCAAUCGCCUCAACUUCAAACACAGGCGCAAGCACAAGUGCAAGCACAACUGCCACAGACAGUAGUCAAUGCCGACGUGCAAUUACCACCAGGUUGGCUGACUGCUCGUCAACCUGGCAUGCAAAGGCCUUAUUACUACAACAGCGCAACCGGUGAAACGAGUUGGACGAUCCCACCCAUGCCACCACCUGGAGUCACUGGUGCAGCUACAAAAGAAACAGUAAAACCGAAAUCGAAAAAGAAGACAAAGAAACCGAUUCCAGGAACAGAGUGGCUGCUGGUACAGACGCCCGACGGCCUUGAAUUCUUUUAUCACAAACCGACCAAAAAGUCCGUAUGGGAGUUACCAGAAGAGUUAAAGGAACCCGUGGAGAAGAUGAAGGAAGAGGAACGAGAACAACUUAGACAAGAGCAGGAAAAGAAGGAACAAGAGCAACGAGAACGCGAACAGCGUGAACGAGAAGAAAGAGAGGACGAACAACGACGCAUUCAACAACAAUUAAUAGAACAGCAACAAGGCAAACGUAAAAUGGAGGAAGAAGAAAAUGACUCGGAUAGUACGAAACGGGCCAAGCAUGAAGAAAACGAACAAGAGUCACAGCAGCAGCAGCAGCAGCAGGAUGAAGAUCAGGAGGCAGCCGAAAUGACAGAAGAAGAUUUGAUGUAUCAACUACAGGCCAUGGAACCUGAAGAAUUGGCGGCCAUGGGUCUUGCUCCAGAGGAAGAAGGAGAAGGAGAACAUAAACAACAACCUCCUGCACAACAGCAACAACCAGAGAAGUCCAACGAGCCACCACAGAUGUUGGAAGAAGAACGGAUAGAACUAUUCACGCAAAUGUUAUCGGAAAAAGAUAUAUCGCCAUUCACCACAUGGGAAAGAGAACUACCCAAAAUGAUCAAUGACGAGCGCUAUAGCUUGAUACAACCACUUAGCAAGCGGAAGAACCUGUUUGAUAAUUUCUGUCGCGUGCUUGCUCAAGAGCACAAGGCCAAGAAGCCUGUUACCAAGCCUCCAGAAGAACAAUUCAUGUCGCUACUAAAAGAAGAAGCAACAGCCAAAAUGUAUUGGGACGACUUUCGACGCAAAGUCAAGAACGACAGUCGCUUUAAAGCCAUCCGUGAAAUCAAGACACGCGAAUCCAUGUUUAAAGAUUAUGUCAAAAAGCUCCGGAAGGAAAAAGAUGCGUCUGCGGCUUCCGGAAGUCACAGCAGCAAACGCGACAAACAGAGGGCAUACAUGGAUCUGCUCAAACAAACCAAGGAGAUUCACGCAGGCAUGCGGUGGCGGGAUGCAAAGGUCAUUUUAGAAAAGGAUAGUCGAUACCUUGCGAUCGAGUCAAAGCAUCUUCGCGAGGACCUGUAUCGUGACUAUUUGGAUGAUUUGGAUCGAAAGAGACGAUGAUUUUUUCUUUGCUUCUUUCUUUAUUUCAAGUGAAUGACUUUGUGGGAUUUUUUUUAUUGUGGGCAAUUUUAAGGCUGGUUCAGCAUCAUGUCUGCACUAUAUAAAAAGACGAG